AUGUCCUGCGAGCGGCCUCCGCGCACCGACAUCCCUCGCAACCUGAGCUUUAUAGCAGCACUGACCGAGCGCGCCUACUACCGCAGCCAGCGGCCCAGCCUCGAGGAGGAGCCGGAGGAGGAGCCGGGGGAGGGCGGGACCCGGCCCGGUGCCCGCUCCCGGGCUCACGUUCCGGGUCGGGGGCGUAGGGCCCGCUCCGCGCCCGCAGGUGGCGGCGGGGCACGGCCAGCCCGCAGCCGCAGCCCCGACACCCGCAAGAGAGUGCGUUUCGCCGACGCGCUGGGGCUGGAGCUGGCCGUGGUCCGCCGCUUCCGCCCGGGGGAACCGCCCCGGGUGCCCCGCCACGUGCAGGUGCAACUGCAGAGGGACGCCCUGCGCCACUUCGCGCCGUGCCCGCCGCGCACCCGCGGCCUCCAGGAGGCCCGCGCCGCCCUGGAGCCCGCCCGCGAGCCCGGCUUCGCCGCCCGGCUGCAGGCGCAGCGCAUCUGCCUGGAGCGCGCCGACGCGGGCCCUCUGGGCGUGGCCGGGAGCGCGCGCGUGCUGGACCUGGCCUACGAGAAGCGCGUGAGCGUGCGCUGGAGUGCGGACGGCUGGCGCAGCCUGCGGGAGUCGCCCGCCGCCUACGCCGGCCCGGCCCCGGCCCCACCGCGGGCUGACCGCUUCUCCUUCCGCCUGCCCGCGCCUCCGGUCGGCGGCGCGCUGCUUUUCGCCCUCCGCUACCGUGUGACCGGCCGCGAGUUCUGGGACAACAACGGCGGCCGUGAUUACGCGCUACUUGGGCCCGAGCACCCGGGUGGUGCCGGAGUCGCGGAGCCCCAGGGCUGGAUCCAUUUUAUUUGAGACUGGGCUCCUGCCGGCCACAGCAGGGAAACAAAAACAAAACAAAACAAAAA